AUGAAGCCCCAGAAGGUUUUGGUUGUAGGAGCAGGUUUUGUUGGAUCUUCCCUGGCGACAUCCCUGAGGAGUGGGGGAGUACAGGUGUGCUGUACACGGCGGCAGGAGGGAGGGGAGGGGACCGUCCAGUUUGUGUUGGAGGAGGAGGAGACCUGGGGGAAUCUGCCCAAGGAGGUGGAUGGAGUCGUCUGGACAUUACCAGCAAGACCCUUGCCUCAGGUGCGACGAUUCUAUGACACCUACCUCCAGUCCAUUCUGGACUCCAAGAAACCGGUGAUUGUGUACGGCACCACCGGCCGUUACCAGGUAGAUGAAGAACACCAGUGGGUGGAUGAGAAGACAAGGUACGGACAGACAGCAAGCGGCAGGGAAGAGGGGGAGGACUUCUUACAGGAGAAGGGGGCAAAUGUUCUAGUGCUUGGUGUUAUCUGGGGUGAGAGCAAGAAUGGAGAGACAAGAGCGCUGAAGUCGUGGAUUGAAAAGGGGUACAUCAAGGAUGUCGACAUCGACAAGUUCUUGAACGUAGUGCACGUUGACGAUGUUGUAAAGGCAACAGAAGAGAUUCUGCACCGUUCUGAGUUUAGAGGUCAAGUUAUCAACGUCUGUGAUGGACACCCCAUGCUGUGGAGGGAUAUCAUACUGUGGUUUGGUUUUGAGCUUCCCCAAGCGACCACCCACGACCCGAAUGUGACAGCCACCAGGCUUUUGUCACGGCCGUCCAAACGGGUCAGCAACAUCCUGCUGCAGAGCAUCAUGGGAAAGGACUACAAGUUCAAGAUGGCGAUGGAUGCCUGAUGAUGCACCUGAUGUCUAAUGAUAAUGUUGAGAUAAGAAGCAUAGCAUACAUAACAUCUUCAUUAUAACAGGAGAAAAUGGCUUCGAAAGAACUUCGCAAAAGCAACAGAAAUGUUAACUGAGCCUAUCUUUUUAAAACCAAGAUUUGAAAUAUGUUCUAAAAAAUUGAACUGUACUUCUAAAAAUUUUACUCAUGGCAACCUUGUAACAAUAGUUCACCUUUAUCCACGGGGUGACCUAUAUCCGUUGUUUGAAAAA